AUGUCGCUACCGCAGGCCGACCCCAACGCCCCCCUUACGGGAAUGGCCAAGCACGUCGGCCGCCAGGAGCUCCUCGCCGUUGUCUGGACAUGCUUCUCCAUCGGGACGAGCUUCGUCGCCCUGCGCCUCGUGGUGCGCCUGCGCCAGAACAGAGCACUUCUCGCUGACGACUGGUGCAUCCUCCUCGCCUGGCUGUGCCUGCUCACCAUGUCCAUACUACAGACGGAGCAGAUCGGACCGCUCUUUUACACCACGUAUCUUGUUGCCGGGCGCGUCGCCCCUUCGGCAGAGACGGGGCCCAUCACGGAACAGCUCACGCGCUGGCAGUUCCCCAUCAUUAAGCUCUUCUGGACGACGCUGUGGUCAGUCAAGGCCAGUUUCAUGGCUGUCUUCUUUCGGCUCGUCAAGCCGUUCCCUCUCCAUCGGAAGGUGUGGUACGGCGUCGCCGUAUUUACGUUUCUGGCCUAUGUUGGAUGUGUUAUCGCCAGCGCCUUGACGUGCUCUCCGCCUUCGGAUUACUUUGUAGCAGGGAAAUGCAACUCCGAUUACGAGGUUUGGCGACAGAGCUUCAACGUACUCUUCUCCACCAGCGUCGACAUCGCCACGGACCUGAUGAUCAUGGCGCUACCCAUCGCGCUUCUCCCCUCGCUACAACUCGACAUGCGCAAGAAGAUUGGCCUCGGCAUCGCCUUCAGCCUCGCCUUGCUCAUCAUCUGCGUUGCCAUAGUGCGCAUGACGCAAGUCAUCGUCGCCGAUCGCGUGGAUCUCGUCGGACUCGCCAUCUGGGGCGCGGUUGAAACCACCACGGCCGUCGUCGUGGGGUGCCUGCCGCCGCUCAAGGCGCUGCUGUCCCGCGGCGUGCGCAAGUACAGCUCGAAUAUGAAAUCAAGUCAGCGCUACGGUGGAGGCAAGAGCGCGAGUGGGAGGGGCAACACGGCGAGGGAGGGAUACGGAGGGUUGGGAUCGUCGGCGAGGUCGGUCAUGGUUUCCGAGUCGAUUCCACUUGACAACGUGCACAGGAGCCAGCAGCAGGAUGGGGGCAUCUAUGUGCAAAAGAUGUUUGAGACGCAUAUCGAGUACGAAACCUCAUCGAGAGAUGACGACGAGGCGUCCAUAGUCAAGGGGCAUGGCAGAGCAAGGUGA